UUAUAAAAAUGUUCAAGUAUUAUAAUUUGCAAUGCCAUCUACAAGAGAACCCGUUCUUUUUGCUUUAAUAGUGUUGUUAUAUAAAAUUAAUUGAAAUUAAAUUUAAUUAUCAAAACCCUAAUAUUAGUCAUUCUAAUACUCACAUAUAAUAUAUUGAGAAUAAAGCGAUAGCGGUUUACACCGGUACAUAAAACACGAAUCAUACUAAAAUAUACUUAAAGGAUUAUGUGCUAAAAGUAACUCGCUAAAGUCAACUACAUAAAAGAAUAGAUAGUAAAAAUAAAUAUAUGUAUAUCCCAAAUAUAUAAUAUAAAUGAACUCUAAUCCUCUAAACCGUACAUAAGGGUACACAUAUUUAUAUAAUUUAUGCGGGCAAAGCAUAACCUCAGAUUUAUUUUCAAUUUAACGAUAAUAAAUUUAAGGUUUUGAGAGGUAACCUGACAGCCUAUAUAAGGCGGGUGUUAAAUUAUUUACACUCAUUAGUUUUCAGAAGGUUUCAAUAUGAAGCUGCUCGUCGUAUUCGCUUUGACUCUGGCCUACGCCUCGGCUUCGGUUCUUCACGGCUUCAAUUCCUUAGAGGAUGAUACCAAUGUCGGCAUUAUCCAUGGACAUAAUGCUGCGCCCGGACAGUUCCCCUACCAAGUUCAACUAAUUUCUCCAGAAGGCUUGCAAUGCGGUGGCUCUCUGAUUAGUCAUCGUUGGGUUCUGACCGCCGCUUCCUGCACAGAACACUUCGAUAAUGUCACAGUUCACUUGGGUAGUAUUCGAAGAUCGGCCCCGCGGGUAACGUACAUUGUUAGUAAGAAGGACAUCAUCAUUCAUGAAGACUUUAACAGAUAUACGGUUAGUGCCGAUAUCUCACUUAUCCGCAUUCCAUACGUUAAAUACAGCAGACAUAUUAAGGCUGUAAAGCUACCGAAGAUCAAAAGAUCCUAUCCCUCCUAUGAUGGUUGUAAUGCUAACAUUACCGGCUGGGGAAGGACCUCGUUUGAUUCCACCCAUGAACCCGAAAUACUCCAAUACGCCAAAGUAGGGAUCAUAAGUAUAAAAGAUUGUAAGAAGAAGUUUGGAAAACUUGGAAAAUAUAUUUGGCCUUCCCUCAUCUGUGCCUCAAUCGUCUCAGCCGAAACUUGGGAAGGCGAUACUGGCAUCCCAUUAGUGGAAUUACGUAGCUCGGUACAGAUCGGUAUAUCAUCCGUUGAUAGCCCAAAACCCGAACUCGAAUACCCCUCUAUAUUCACCCGAGUGACUAGUUAUCUCAAAUGGAUCAAACGCCACACCAAACUCCCAUUGUGACAUGUAUAGUUUAAAAUAAAAGUAGCACGCAUUGCGCUGGAUUGUUUAGUUUCGUUAACUGAUAGUAAUUAAAUAAAAUGAAAUAAAAAUGUAAAGUGAU